GGCGCGCCCCUCCCCGGCCGCCGCGUCGCUGGGAUCCGGCCGCAGCACCUGGGCUGCGCCUGGCGUCCGGCGCACGCAGCGAUGACCACGGCUAGCGGCCCGGGCGACCUGCCCGCCGGGUCUCCUGUGAGCAGCCUCCAUGAGGCCCUGGACCAGUGCAUGACAGCCCUGGACCUCUUCCUUACCAACCAGUUCUCAGAAGCACUCAGCUACCUCAAACCCAGAACCAAGGAGAGCAUGUAUCACUCCCUGACGUAUGCCACCAUCCUGGAGAUGCAGGCCAUGAUGACCUUCGACCCCCAGGACAUCCUGCUUGCUGGCAACAUGAUGAAGGAGGCGCAGUCGCUGUGUCAGAGGCACCGAAGGAAGUCCUCUGUGACGGACUCGUUCAGCAGCCUGGUGCACCGUCCCACCAUUGACCAGUUCACAGAAGAGGAGAUCCAUGCAGAGGUCUGUUACGCAGAAUGCCUACUGCAGAGAGCGGCCCUGACCUUCCUGCAGGACGAGAACAUGGUGAGCUUCAUCAAGGGUGGCAUCAAAGUUCGGAACAGCUACCAGACUUACAAGGAACUAGACAGCCUCGUCCAGUCCUCACAAUACUCGAAGGGAGAGAGCCACAGACACUUCGAAGGAGGGGUGAAGCUCGGCGUAGGGGCCUUCAACCUGACGCUGUCCAUGCUUCCCACUAGGAUUCUGAGGCUACUGGAGUUUGUCGGGUUUUCAGGAAACAAGGACUACGGGCUGCUGCAGCUAGAGGAGGGCGCGACCGGGCACAGCUUCCGCGCAGUGCUGUGCGUCAUGCUGUUGCUGUGUUACCACACCUUCCUCACCUUCGUGCUCGGUACUGGGAAUGUCAACAUCGAGGAGGCAGAGAAGCUGCUGAAGCCCUACCUGAACCGAUACCCCAAGGGCGCCAUCUUCCUGUUCUUUGCUGGGCGGAUUGAAGCUAUCAAAGGAAAUAUUGAUGCUGCUGUCCGGCGGUUUGAAGAGUGCUGUGAGGCCCAGCAGCACUGGAAGCAGUUUCACCACAUGUGCUACUGGGAGCUGAUGUGGUGCUUUACCUACAAGGGUCAGUGGAAAAUGGCCUACUUCUAUGCCGACCUGCUGAGCAAGGAGAACUCCUGGUCCAAGGCCACCUAUAUCUACAUGAAGGCUGCCUACCUCAGCAUGUUUGGGAAGGAAGACUACAAGCCAUUCGGGGACGAUGAAGUGGAGUUGUUCAGGGCUGUGCCAGGCUUGAAGCUCAAGAUUGCUGGGAAAUCUCUACCCACAGAGAAGUUUGCUAUCCGGAAGUCCAGGCGCUACCUCUCCCCCAACCCCAUCUCCUUGCCAAUCCCUGCUCUGGAGAUGAUGUACAUCUGGAACGGCUAUGCUGUGAUUGGGAAGCAGCGGAAGCUCACUGAUGGGAUGCUGGCAGUCAUCACCAAAGCUGAAGAGAUGCUGGCCAUGGGCCCAGAGAAUGAGUACUCAGCAGAUGACGACUGCCUGGUCAAAUUGCUGAAAGGCCUAUGUCUGAAAUACCUGGGCCGAAUCCAAGAGGCAGAGGAGAAUUUCAGGAGCAUUUCUGCAAAUGAAAAGAAAAUUAAAUAUGACCAUUACUUGAUUCCAAAUGCUCUACUGGAGCUGGCCCUGCUAUUUAUGGAGCAAAGCAGAAAUGAAGAGGCCAUCAAACUCCUAGACUCUGCAAAGCAAAACUACAAGAACUACUCCAUGGAGUCAAGGACACAUUUUCGAAUCCAGGCAGCCACACUGCAGGCCAGAUCUUCCCUAGGAGACGGCAGCAGAUCCCCAGUCUCAUCAGUGUCCCUGUAGCUUUCUGCAGCACUCUUGGGCUGGACAGAGCUCCUGGAAACAUUUCAAAAGAUCACCUCCCCUACCCUGCCCUUCCUUGGGGUCCACCUGGUGCUCCAGUGGGAUUGCACAAGAAUGUCUGUGCAGAAGCAAAGACAGCCUUUUUACCAGUGUGGCCAAAGCCUUCACACAUACGGGUACCUGUUUUACACUGUGAUGUUUAAGAGAAUGUAUGAACAGUUUACAUUUCUUUAGAAUACAUUGAUGGGAUUAUAGUUGGUGUUUAAAAAAAACCUACCCCCCCCAAAACAAACAAAACCCUCUAACUGCCUGUUAAUCUGUUUACUUCCUGAUCUGGAAAUAAUUUCCCUAUUUGUUAUCCAAGGCCAAACUGCUUUUCAAACCUCAGCUUUUGAUAGGAGUUCCUAGCAUCUGAGACUUUGGCUUCAAAGUUCUACAUUGCAAAUUCCAGGACAGCCAGAACUACACAAUGAGACACUGGGUCUAAAAAAAAUAAAACAAAACAAAACAAGUUGCUAACAUUUAAAA